AUGGCGAGCCCCAAGGCUGCAUUUCGCGCAGCUCGAGCACGAAUUCCGUCAGCUUUUACAUACCCUCGAACUCCUCUUCAACCUGGAGCCAUUACAAGGACAUUCUCGACAUCGCCACUCGCCCUUGAGGAUAAAAAGCCCACCUCGCCUAGCAAUGAAGAAGAUCCCGUAUCUUUCAGACUUUCUUUAUACGAGUCCACGUUUCAGCGAAUCUCACGAGAGAAAGCAGAAACAGAACGGCAAUCCAGAAUCUAUUCAAAGACUUAUAACGACACUGGACGAAGAACCAUAGCGACUAUUGCAGCAUUUGGGGUCAUUGCUGCUGCUGCUUACUACCUAGGAAAGCACAGACCCAAGGACCUCGCACCUGAAUCUACCACGCCUCUAUCUCUUGCUCAGCCUCCACAGCACGAUACACGCAAGACAGUGCUUCAAGCUGCCUGGGUCGAUUUCUGUCAGAUUGUUGGAAAGGAGAACGUGUCAGACAAUGUUGACGACUGCAAGGCUCAUUCCGGUUCAGAAUGGUCUUCCUACACUACCAAACCAACCGAGGUUCCUUUUGCCAUCGUCUAUCCUGCCACCACAGAAGAGGUAUCCAAGAUCAUGAAAGUCUGCCAUAAGAGAAAGAUUCCAGUGACUGCUUUGUCAGGAGGAACCAGCUUAGAAGGGCACUUUGCUCCAACAAGAGGCGGCAUCUGUAUCGAUAUGGGUCGUAUGGACAAGAUUUUGGACUUUCACCCUGAAGAUUUGGACAUAACUGUACAACCUGCUCUUGGCUGGGAAGACCUUAACGAGCACUUGGCUGAAUCCAACAUGUUUUUUCCACCCGACCCAGGUCCAGGUGCAAAAAUAGGUGGUAUGAUUGGCACUGGCUGCUCAGGUACAAACGCUUUUCGAUAUGGCACAAUGCGUGAAUGGGUAGUUUCGCUCACAGUCGUUAUGGCUGACGGAACAAUUGUCAAGACAAGACGACGCCCAAGAAAGUCCAGUGCUGGUUACAAUCUCACUCAGAUGUUCAUUGGGAGCGAGGGCACUCUGGGCGUUGUCACUGAGGCUGUCCUAAAGGUCACGAUCCUUCCUGCAAAUCAGUCUGUUGCUGUAGCGACGUUUCCUACCAUUCAUGCGGCUGCUGAAUGUGUCUCAAAAGUUGUCGCUCAAGGUAUCCAGAUCAACGGCAUGGAGAUACUGGAUGAUGUACAGAUGCGAUGCAUCAACGAUAGUGGCACCACCGAGAGAAAAUGGGACGAGGCUGCUACUUUGUUCUUCAAGUUCGCCGGCACCAAAAACGGAGUUAAGGAUCAGAUCGAUAUGGUUAGGAAACUUGCUAAACAAGCCAAGAAUCUGAAGUUCGAGUUCGCUCGUGAUGAGGAGGAAGCUCAAUCACUUUGGAGUGCACGUAAAGAGGCUCUGUGGAGUGUCAUGGCGAAACGAAGAGAUGAUACCGACCAUGUCUGGACUACUGAUGUCGCCGUGCCUAUUAGUCGACUUCCUGAUAUCAUCCAAGAGACGAAAGACAAGCUGAAAGAGAGCGGUCUGCUCGGAGGAAUUUGUGGUCACGUUGGCGAUGGCAACUUUCACACUAUACUGCUUUACAACGAUGCUGAGAAAGAAACAGCCGAGCAUGUUGUCAACUUCAUGGUCGACCGAGCUAUUGAGAUGGAGGGCACGAUUACUGGCGAACAUGGUGUUGGCUUGAAGAAGCGAACAAAUUUGAUUGCCGAGCUUGGAGACGAUACUGUCGAUGCUAUGCGCAAGCUCAAACAAGCUUACGACCCAUAUUGCCUGUUAAACUGCGACAAGAUUGUCCAGAUGGAAGCUGGUAAAUAG